CUACGUGCAGCCCCUCGGGCAGGGAUGUGUUUCACACCCCAUCCCCGGUUCCCUGGGGUGUCAGCUGCUGCCCGUGGUCCCGGCUGGCCCUGUCACUGCUUGCCUUGGCACAGUGCGGCGGGCGGCGCAGCACUGCGGGAUGAAGGAGGCGGCCGAGCACGAGGAGUGGACGGUGUACUGGACGGACAGCACGGUCACUCUGGAGCGCCUCAUGGAAAUGAAGCGCUUCCAGAAAAUCAACCACUUCCCAGGCAUGAUCGAGCUGUGCCGCAAGGACCUGCUGGCUCGCAACCUGAACCGCAUGCUCCGGCUCUUCCCCAAGGAGUACAACAUCUUCCCCCGCACGUGGUGCCUGCCAGCAGAAUCCAUGAGGAAAGCAAGAACAUACAUCUGCAAGCCUGACAACAGCUGCCAGGGAAGAGGGAUCUUCAUAACCCACCACCCAGAGGAGAUCAAGCACGGGGAGCGCAUGAUCUGCCAGCAGUACAUCUCUGAGGUACUGGGAUGGUCCUGGGGGAGGACUCCAGCAUCCCCCCUGCUCCCCGGGUCUCCUCAGGCCUGCUGGAGGUGUCGGUGUGGCUGUGGCACAUCGGGGACACAGACAAAGCUUGUCCCUCUGCUGAGCAGCACAGGCAGAGGAGCAGUUCCUCAGCUCACCCUGCUCCUGCCUCUUUCCUCUCAGCCCUUCCUCAUCGAUGGCUUCAAGUUUGACAUGCGCAUCUACGUGCUGGUCACAUCCUGUGACCCCCUGAAGAUCUUUCUCUACAAGGAGGGCCUGGCCCGGUUUGCCACCAUGAGGUACAUCGAUAACAGCACGAGAAACCUGGGUGACAUCUGCAUGCACCUGACCAAUUAUGCAAUCAACAAACACAAUGAAAACUUCAACACGGACGACAUGGUGGGCAGCAAGAGGUACUGGCAUGUCCCAGCACUGCAGGAACACUGCCUGGGGACACAGGUUUACCUCAACUUUCCUGGAGUGACACAGCUGAGCCCUUACCACCCCCUGUUCCCACACAGGAAACUGUCCACCCUGAACGCCUGGAUGGCAAAGCACAACUAUGACACAUCAAAGCUCUGGGCAGAUAUUGAUGACAUUGUUAUAAAGACAUUGAUUUCAGCUCACCCUGUGCUGAAACAUCAUUACCAGAGCUGUUUCUCCAACCGCACUACUGGCUGUGCCUGCUUUGAAAUCCUGGGCUUUGACAUUUUGCUGGAUAGAAGGCUGAAGCCAUGGCUGCUGGAGGUGAACCACUCUCCCAGCUUCAACACAGAUUCUCAGCUAGACCACGAGGUGAAGGAUGCCCUUCUGUGUGACACCUUCAACCUGAUCAAUGUGCACGCCUGUGACAGAAAGAAGGUGCUGGAGGAAGACAAGCGGCGGGUAAAGGAACGGCUCCUGCAGGCCAGCCAGCCUCCCUGGGAGUCCAGGCGCAGGGAGCAGGAGAGCAGCCAGGCUGCCUGGCUGGCACAGGCUGAGACCUACGAGAACGAGCACCUGGGGGGCUUCCGACGCAUCUACCCAGCACCCGGGACAGAGAAGUACGAGCCAUUCUUCCAGCAGAGCAGGUCCCUCUUCCAGGAUACAGCAGCAUCCAAGGCAAGAGAAGAGCAUGCCAGGCAGCAGCUGGAGGAGAUGCGCCUGAAAAAUGAAAAGCUGGAAGCUAUCAGGAAGAAGAAAACAGAGAGGAAUAAAGGCACAACUCCUACAACCCACCUUUCCUACAGAAGCACCAAGUCAUGGGACAGAAAGCGUGUGCAGUACAACUCCAUGAAGCCCCAGAACAUUGUGGAACACGAAGAGAAGAGGAGACUGAAUGCUCUGCAGCAGCGUGAGAAGCAGAUCCGAGGGCUGGGCAUCACUGAGCUGCUUUCCCAGCUGCUCCCCACGGCUGAAACCCAGAGACCCUACGUGCUCCAGAGCCAGCUACUGUUUCCCUGGGAUGUCAUUGAGGAGCACAACGCCCGCAAAUUAAUGAUGCUUUUCUCAUUCCUGGGAGUCCCAGCUCGGCCCUUGGCACACAGGGUUUUACCCAGCCCUGCAGCCCAGGGCCUGCCACAGCACAUGGCAGGCCCAGAUCCCAAGGACACGGAGACCCUCUGCAUUCGAGGCCAGAGCAUCCCGUGCCACGCGCGGCGCAGGGGCGCCCGGGCGCAGGGCGGGGGCUGGCAGCAGGGCCCGGCGGCGGGGGCGGCGCUCCCCCAGCCCUGCGCCCACCCCCGGGGGCAGCAGCCCAGGGAGCAGGGCCUCCCUGGCACCGCCAGCCAGGCUGAAGGCUGUAACGCUGGUAGUCGGUCAUCCUCCGAUGGGGGCAGCUGUCCCCCGACGUCCCCAGCCAGCCCCCAGCAGGCCCCAUGUGAUGGCACUUCCAGCUGCGCUGUGGAGCUCCCCGCCGCCACUGCCGCGCAGCACACACACACCUCACACCGCGGCAGAGCCUCGUCGUGCCAGUGCGUCACACCACGCCGGCACCUUGCCCCGUGCCACUGCCCCUCAGAUUCACAGCCUGAAAAGCACAGGUAACACGGCCAGGGGCUCAGCCUUCCGCCCGUGCGUGCUUGCCUAAGAACCAGGACUUGCAGGAUGAAACCAGCACAGCUGCUGGCUGCCUCCAUCAACUCGAGUCAGCUGCUGAGCCCCCUGACCAGCACCUGGGCCCAGCACGGCUCCGGCCACCUGCCCCGGCUGCCUUCACCCCUGCCAGGGCCGGAGACUGGUGCUUGUGCCCUACCCGCUGCACGGCCGCCUGCGCUGAAGCCCUCCGGAGGCCACCUCGCUCAGGACCCGUCGGAAGCUCCCGCGCCGGCCCCGCCCGUCCCCGGGCCUGUUCCGGGCCAUGGCGGGGCUGC